GAACUUUGGAAACCCAGAAUCAAGUGUAAUUCCUAUCUGUCCUCAGAGCCAAAGUAAAGAAUAACAGUCAUAAGUACCCAUUUUGCCCUAUAAAAUUAACACAAAAAAGAUAAAGUUUCAGUCUUUGUAUUGGAGACUGGAAACACAACCUCUCAAACACCCCCCUGAUCUCCCUCUGUCCACAAUUUCUUUUUCAAAUUUUAAAUAUAGACCAUGAUUUCAUCACUACCCUGUAUUUAUAACUCCAUGCCCACAUGGGUAAAACUUUAAGAAAACCCAACCCAUUUGUGUUUUUUAAUAUUAGCUCAUGCCUGGAAGUUCUAGUUGUCAGAGCUUAAAACCGAGGUAUUAGAAGCUGUGAGAGGUAGAGAGAGGGAGAAUAGAAGGAAGUUUUCCUUGUCCUGGGGUUCCAAAGCUUUGGAAAUGGUGAGAGAGUGAAGUGCGCUUCUUAGAUUAGUCAUUAGGUGUUGGAUGGAUUUGCUGGGAGGUGUGUCUUCGUCGAGAAUACCUAGGAAUAAAGUUUUGGAGCACAGAAGAAGACAAAACCAAUGUACACAAACACAAACGGAUAUUGCAGAAGAAACAACUCGAAGAGAUUUCUCAAAUAUGGCAUCUAGCUGGUCUAAGAUCUCCCCAAUCAUUCCCAUUUUUGUGUGUUUUCUUCUUGUUUCUACUUUGGUUUGUCCAGCCCAUUCGUCGGAACCCAGUGAAGACCGUGCAGCCAACCAAACUUUCAGGCCGGAGGAAGAGUUACAAAAGCUGAAAAUAAUAAGAUCUCGUCUCAGGAAGAUCAACAAGCCUGCUGUCAAGACAAUUCAGAGUCCUGACGGUGAUCUCAUAGAUUGCGUUCUGUCUCAUCUGCAACCAGCUUUUGAUCACCCUCUACUUAAAGGACAAAAACUACUGGAUCCGCCGGAGAGACCAAAUGGCCAUAACCCGACAGGCAUGGUAGAAGAAAAUUUUCAGUUAUGGAGUAUGUCUGAUGAAUCAUGUCCAGAAGGAACAAUUCCAAUCAGAAGAACUACUGAACAAGACAUGUUAAGAGCUACUUCUGUCCAAAGAUUUGGAAGGAAACCUAGAAGACGUGUUAGAAGAGACUCCAGCAGCAAUGGCCAUGAGCAUGCAGUUGGGUAUGUGAGUGGAGAUCAGUACUACGGAGCAAAAGCCAGCAUAAAUGUGUGGGCACCCCGCGUGGUUAAUCAAUAUGAAUUCAGCUUGUCGCAAAUGUGGGUCAUCUCCGGCUCAUUUGGCGAUGAUCUUAACACCAUUGAAGCUGGCUGGCAGGUUAGCCCUGAGCUAUAUGGGGACAACUAUCCUAGAUUCUUUACUUACUGGACUACGGACGCGUAUCAAGCAACCGGGUGUUACAAUUUGUUGUGCUCAGGCUUCGUUCAGACUAAUAAUAGAAUAGCAAUUGGGGCUGCAAUCUCUCCAACCUCCUCCUACAACGGUGGACAAUUCGAUAUUAGCUUAUUGGUUUGGAAGGAUCCAAAGCAUGGAAAUUGGUGGCUAGAAUUCGGAUCCGGAGUUCUAGUUGGAUACUGGCCAUCUUUCUUGUUUACUCACCUACGUGAUCAUGCAAGCAUGGUGCAAUUUGGAGGAGAAGUUGUUAAUUCUAGGCCAUCUGGUUUUCACACUUCCACCCAAAUGGGCAGUGGACAUUUUGCAGAAGAAGGUUUUGGAAGAGCUUCCUAUUUUCGAAAUUUGCAGGUUGUCGAUUGGGAUAAUAGCUUGAUCCCAUUAUCAAACCUAAGAGUCCUAGCCGAUCAUCCCAAUUGCUAUGAUAUACAAGGAGGGAUUAACAAUGUUUGGGGGAAUUAUUUUUACUAUGGUGGAGCUGGAAGAAAUGUGAGGUGUCCCUAAAGGGAAAAGGUAUAGAUCGAGGUGGAAAUUAAGUUACCUUAGUUUCUGUUUUUCUUGGGUUUUUUUUUUUGGGUUUCUUCUCGAGAUCAUUGGGUCAGCUUGGAGUACAUGUUUACAACUCCUCUUCUUCUUUUUUUCCUUCUCAUUCCUUUUUUUUUUUUUUUUUUUUUACUAACAUGUGAUUCAUUAAUUAUACCACCUUUAGGGACUUGUGUAAAUUUGGAAAAGAAAUAGUGAAUAUACUGUGGUUUGUGAUUUUGAUUA